AUGAAAGCAGCAUUGAAUAACGAUAUCAAGAAAGAUAAAAUAGUAAAUGAAAUAAUGCAAAAAGUGCUUAAUUUUACAUUAAAAUCAUUACCUGCAAGUACUUACAGAGAAAAAAUUAAUAUUUUGAAGAAAAUUGAAAGUAAAUUGCAAAAAACUGUGGAUUCAUUUGGCCCGCGUGGUGAUAAGUACAAACAACUUAUUAUGCAAGGAAUAAAAGCAAUCUCUUUAAAUGAUGCCAACAAGGUUAAUAACAAUAAUACAUCUAACUGGAAUAUGAUUCGUAAAAACAAUCUCAGAUUCAAUAAUUUAACAUUUCACAAUUAUAACAAUAAAACUGAUAAUAAAGAAAAAACUGUAAAAGAUAUUGCUCAUAGAAUUGAAAUACUGGCUAAAGAAUCGUUAGAAGAUGCUAAGACACUUGACGAAAAAAGGAGAAUUAUUGAAAAGAUAAGAAAGAAGAUUACAAAUUUAGCUAAGAAAAAACACAUCAUGAUUCAUAAUAAACAUAAUGAUAUUAAAGCCUUUAGUGACCUGAUUACACAAGGAGUAGAGUUAAUGAUGCACAGUAUUUUGGUAAAUAGUAGUAGACGAAUACCUGUUGAUUUCGUUAAUAUGUACAAUGUAGAUGAUAAAAACCCUAUAAGUUAUGAAGCGAUUGCAAAUGUAAACCAAAGAAUUGAUAUCAGUACAAACGUCCCAAUAGAUAUCAAUAGCAAUGAAUUAUCGACUAGUAUAUAUAUGAAUUUAAGUCAUGAUUUGCCUUGUGAAAUAGCUAUAGAUAGAGCAUGUUCUAAAAUUAAAUCUAUUAACCAAAUGAAAUGUGCCAUGGAAGAUAGCUAUGUAACUGUAGAUAAACUAUGUAAUGGAGUUUAUGACUGUGGUGACAGAUCUGACGAAUAUUACUGUGUAGCAAAAGCUGCCAGAAAAGUACAAAAUGCUACUAAUAUAGUAUUAGAAAUUGAAUCUAAACUAUUACGAAGAUGUAUAAACACCAAAGUUAAUAGUUCUAUUUUACAAAAGCAAAACAAAAUUUUGAGUAAUGUGUUACAAAGUCAAUUAAGUUUUAUACAAAAAUACACAAAUACAAAAACACUAGAAGAAAUAAAAGGAAAUAAUGUAAUUAAAAAGACAAUAAAUGAAGUAGCCAUUGUUUUAAGUUCCGUUUCCUUAGCUCUUGAAGGAUCUAUAUGUCCGCGUUACUAUAGUCGUCGUAAUGCAGAAGAUAUGGCACAAAAUUCUACCAAUUUACUAAGUGAAGAUUUAGAUAAAUCCGAUCUUGAAAUACCUUUGAAAUAUUGUAGUUGCGACAAUGGUUUUUGUGCUAUUAAUAACUGUACUGCUAUGUGUCGACGUGUAUGUUGGGAAAAGUAUAUACUAGGACGAUUUGGAUGUCAAGCAGUCGGGGAAAACUCAAGUAUACCACUAGACUUUCUCUGCGAUGGCAAACUUGAUUGUUAUGAUGAAACUGAUGAAAUUGGAUGUAUAUUUGGAGUUACUUACGCAAAAUUUGAAGCAGUCGAAAUGUACAAUAUGAUACUUAAAAUUAUAACAUCCAAAGCGUCAUCUGAUAAAUACGCUUCAGUUCGAAAUCGAUUGUUAUCAUUACAUAGCUCUAUUAAAAAACUACAAAACCUCACAGUGAAAGCCAAACCCGAUACCGUGUCGAUUAAAGCUGCCCGAGAUUCUAGUUUUGAAAUGUUAACGUCAAUUUAUAAUGAUAUUGUGAAUAAAAAUGCAGUAAAUUUGCGUGAGAUGGAUGAAGCUCACGUAUUUUUAAUGUCUUUGAAUGAAAAAUUAGUGAUUGCAUUAAAACGGUCGAAUACGGGCAACGAACGUAUUUUAACAACAAACGGAUGCUUUUGUAAAAAUGGUCGGUGUGUUCUGGUUGAAUGUUCUAAAAAAUGUUCACGAGCCUGUUCUGCUGAACCAAAGCUAACAAGAUACUAUUGUAAAGGUGAAUUGAAAAAUAAUUUUAUACCAAUUGAAAGUAUUUGUGAUGGGAAAAAUCAAUGUCCAAAUGGAGAUGAUGAAACAAAUUGCAAAAAAGAUAUAUGUCGAAAACAUCACUUGAUGGUUUUGCGAAACAGCCUCUCAGACGUAGAUAUAAAGUAUAAAGGAACUGCUUUGGGUGAAAUUCUUAAUUCCUGGAAAUUGAAGGUUACCGCCACUCUGAAUAUAGCCGAGAACAAUGGGCGUCCAACGAUCACAAUUUUAAAAGAUGUCGUUAGUGAUAUCCUUAGAGAUCUGGUGGAGUCUUAUACUUCGGUAGAUGAAGUCAGGAGAUCUAACGGAAAUGAGAAAUUCAAUAAUUUUGUCUAUAAGGAUUUCUUUAAAUUAUCUCAACAAAUUAUAAAUAUAUUAAAACAA